AUUCACAUCGCACCCUCUUUGCCACGAUUUAUUUCAGAUUCACCUGCAAAGAGCUUGUCCAUUCAGUUCGGUCAACAGUGAACAUAAAGCGUCGCUUUCCGUUGCAGUUUACAAUAGUUUUGUAUUUUCAAGAGAUGUGAAGUAACCUUUGCCAUAGAUUGGAGUACUCUGUGGGUUGCUGCUGUUGCACCGCGCAAGAAGUCUCAUGCCUAGCAAACAAAUGCACACGAGUUGUGACAUUGCGACGUGAAAUUCACAAAUUCUUCUUGUGAACUGGGAUCGGGGUUUUUUUUCACGCUCGGUUACAUUUGGCUCGCUCAAUCCAAGCAGCAAACGUUUACUUCUCUGUGAGAGUGGAGGAGAGAAUGGAAGGUGCAGGUGAUUCCAUCGUUAGUCACGUCGCUGAACUUGAGACACGAGAAAUGGACUCCUCAGGCGAGGAACCGGAGCUUCCCCGCGAGGUCGACGCUGAACUUGCGACACAGGAAAUGGAAUUCUCAGGCGAGGAACCGGGGCUUCUCCGCAGGGUCGAGGACCUUAUACAGCGUCUGGAAGGAAAAGGCGAGCCUCUAAGGUCGCUUCCACGUUUAUGCGAUGCGCGAUUCGGAAAGUUAUUUCCGAAUCGUGCAUCGCUCUCGACGAUCAGAGGGUGGCGAAGCAAACUGCGCCUUCGAGUGCUGGAGGCAAUCGGCAACUGCAACACACUUGAGGAUUUGUUCGUAGAAGCAAUUUGUGAAUAUGAUAUAUCGAGGUUGACGGCUAGCGAGUGGGAGGUAGUUCUCAGAGGUUUUAUAUCUAGCACCGUUCUGCGCUGUAUUCAAGUUUGUUGGAAUAGUGGGGAGAGUUCGGAUACGGAAGUGGAGAGUUCGGAUACGGAAUGGGAGAGCUUGUGUUUACAGCUGGGGAGAAUUCUGAGUUCCUCUAGCGUAACACAUUUGAAAAUAUUCAGUUGCCCAUUGACUGCCAGAUGUUUUUUGAAUCUUGCCUCAGGACUGCGAGGAAAUUCUGAUUCUAAGCUUCAGCUUUUAGCACUACAUAGCGCAUGGGGGGACCGGACUGCAGUGAAGCUUGUGGCUGACAUAAUCAACUGUGCUCCUCGAUUAGAAACGUUGAGCUUAAGCGGCUCAAGGUACGACAUGGAUGAAGAGACCGUUGGAAUCGUGUCCCAGGCUUUGAUCCACAGCUCGUCUCUGAAGAAAAUUGACUUAGAUGAUGGCAAUUUAGCGACCAUCUUCGUGAAAGCUUUGGCCGGAGAUCAUGGCAACCGAUCCAUUAAACGUCUUGAGCUGAACAAUAUGUUCGGAUUGGAUACACUCGGUAUGGAUAGACUGGGAGACUGUAUAAGGGACCUCCUUACUUCCAACCCAUCAUUGAAGAAAGUGUCCUUGGGGAACUUCCAGAUGAGUCCUGAGAAAUGGCACCAGCUCGGCGAAGUCAUAAGUGACAAUGCUCUAGAGAUUUUUACUGUCGCUAGUGAGGAAGUUGACUGGAAGUCAAUAGAAGCCCUUGUGUGGGCUGCUAGCUCCGCUGUCAAGGACCCCAAAGUGAGGCUUGCCCUAAAAAUUUCGGAUGACCGUGAUGAAUGGAUGUUAUCAUUAAACCUAUUAGGUAGGGUUCUACGCGGUGAAAUCAAAUCGUUAGAAUCUUUGUUUAUAGUGGCGGAUGAUCCUUGCACUUCAGGUACCAACCAAGAUAGAAUGGGAAGUAUCCUGUCCAUGAAUGGAAAAUCUGGAGAAACUUCAGUCCUGAAGAGACUAUCAUUAUUUGUUUAUAACAAAGAUGUUUUCAAGGGAGUAUGGAAGGACCUGCUUCAGUGCUUGCGAGGCAACACAAGUCUCACUCACUUGGAUUUGAGUGACAACCCAGAGGUGUUCAAAUACAAGCAUUUGCCUGAGUCCAAACUCGACGAAGAGGUGUUCAGGGAUUUGAUGGGGCUCCUACAAGUCAACUUAACUCUCGAGAAAAUCGAUGUCAGAGGAACCUCGUGGGAAACGGACGGAAAGGCGUCGCAGAUUCAAGAGGCGCUAAAGCAGAACCGGAAGCGGGCCAUCUACAUGUCAGUGUUCCGAGAAGCCAAAUUAACAUUUGGAGCUGCAAAAGCUGGUCGACUCUUCUUAUGCGGCUCUCCUAGAGCAGGCAAGACUCAAUUGCGUCGAACCCUAAUGAGUGUAAUCCAAGGCAAAAGCUGGCUUGCAAGCACAUGGAACAGAUUCAGAAUGAAAGGAAUUGAAGUGGAGUUCCUACAAAAUGAUGAAGAAAUGCAAAUCUCGGUUUGGGAUCUUGCGGGACAAUGGAUUUUUCGCACUCUUCAAAAUGUGCUCUUCCCCCAAACCAACAAUUUUUGUGUUUUUCUUUUUGUGUAUAGCCCUUUCUGUAACAAAACUUCUUCGAACAAACCAGAUCAUUGUUUUAGAACAGAAUUGGAGGAGUGGUUGAGUUUUAUUACAUCCAGCACCAAGGUCACAGGACAUAAUCUUCCCCAAGUUAUUGUUGUGAUUUCACACAAAGAUAAAACAAGAUUCCCCUCUUUGACUUGGGCUCGCUCCAUAGUUGAGGAGCUUACCAAAAGGUUCGCAAAUUUUGUGGAUCUUCGCCAAGAGUUUUUUCACGUGGAUGCUCGUGAUAACAAGCAAGUUAUUCUUCUUAAGAGUCAUGUUUUUGAAGUUUUUGAAAAGUUAUUGAGUGACAAAUCUCCACAGGUUCCCCAUUUGUGUUUUCAACUCACUUCCCUCUUGGUUAAAAACACCAAGAAGAACAGAAUUCACCCUCUAUGGCCAUCCAAAGAGUUUCAUGCUUUCUGUGCUCCUAGCUUGACACAAUAUAUUCCAUCAUCAUCUCUUCACCCUGUUGAUCAUUCAAGGAUAAUGGACUCUAUUAUAUCCUACUUGAAUGAUGUUGGAUCCAUCAUUUACAUCCCCAAUGUUGAUUUCGUUAUUGUAGAUCCCAACUGGCUAACCAAUACGUUCUUGGGUGAACUGAUAGCUUUGGGUCAACACUUUCAAGCCGAUGACUCCGAGUCUGCUGAUAACAUGAUGUCAAGUGAGGCAUACACAAGCAAGGACGGAUUUGUGAGUGAGAGUGUCUUUGCUGGAUUGCUGGAUAUUUUGUAGAAGAGUUUCUGGGAAAGCAUCGACAUAGAUGGGGAGGUGUGGACGAAAAGGUGCUUGUGGUAACACGCUUUUUGUUUUUUUUGCAGAAUUUAAACAAUUUUAGAAAACUAGUACCAAAGCAGUGUUUGUAGCUAGAGAAGGGUACGCUAAAUAGAGUGGAUUGAUGAGAUCGUCACGAGGGCACAAAGAAUCA